ACAUGCUGUGCCGGCGUAUGGCGGACAUCUCUCAGGUUUACACACAGAACGCAGAGAUGAGGCCGCUGGGCUGCUGUAUGAUGCUGAUCGCGAUGGACCCUCAGACGGGCCCCGUGCUGUAUAAAUGUGACCCGGCCGGGUACUUCUGCGGCUUCAGGGCCACCAGCGUCGGGGUCAAACACCACGAGGCCAGCAGUUACCUGGAGAAGAAGCUGAAGAAGCAGCCGGAUCUGCCCUGCGACAGGACCGUGGAGAUGGCGAUCUCAUGUUUGUCUUCUGUGCUUUCAAUGGACUUCAAAAGCACUGAGCUGGAAGUGUCUGUCGUGACCAAAGAACACCCCAAAUUCAGGACUCUGUCAGAAGCAGAAAUCGAGCGUCAUCUGGUGGCGAUUGCGGAGAGAGAGUAACUGUCAGGUUUACUGUGUUUUUACAGUCCUGAAAGCAUCCGUCAUUGAAGCGUUUGCUCAUCCAUCCUCAGCUUGUGUUUUCUAGUUUGACUCCGACUGUAUUUGGUGUGUUACUGAUGAAUGACAAACUCUCAGUCUAUAAAGCAGCAGACAGUCCACUAAUCAUCUAAUAAAUCAAUUUUGUCAGUCUAAA